GCGGAUUUAUAGUUAUAGCGUUACAAUGGAAGUCCUCCAACACCUUCGAGGAACUAUACCUACUACAAUGAGAGAAAUCAGUGCCUUGUCCCAACUAAACCUUGAUGAAGAUGUUCCAUCAAUUCAGGGAGCUAAUUUCCCCGUCUUGUUUCAGGUAAUUGGUUCAUUAGAUUCAUUUCUGGUCAGUCCAACACUGAUACGAAUUUUAGUGAUAUAACCGCAUUUAAAUCUGCUUUUGCUCGUUCAGCUGAAGAUGCAAGGGUUUACUCACACCUCAAUACUCUGCUCGAACAAGGACAAGAGUACGCGAUUAUGCUGUACACAUGGAGGUCGAUAUCUAGAGCUCUUCCAUUUAUCCGAUCAAGUGACCAGCCAAAUAGAAUAAAAAUAUAUGAAAAAACGAAGGAAAUAUUAGAACCACAUUGUCUUAAACUGAAACAGUUCAUGUUCUUUCAAGAUGCAGCUAUACGGAGGUUUGUGGAAGAAGUAAAACGAUUGGCUCAUAAGGAUCAGAAAAACUUCUUCGUAAACCAGGCCUAUCUCGUUACACUUGGGAAAAUGAUAAAAAUGUUUGCUCUUCUAGAUGAAAUGAAGAACAUGAAGGCAAGCAUGAAAAAUGAUUAUUCCAACUACAAAAGAGCCGCCCAGUUUCUACAGGUUAACGAUCCCGAUUCCCAUGAUGUGAGUAUCUUCUUGGCGAAGCAGAAAAUCAUUCGGGAUACACUAAAAGAAAGCUUGAUUGCAAUUGAUGGCUAUGAGGACCUUUUGAUAGAAAUCAUUCACAACAGCGCUCAAAUGUAUGAAAACAAGGUUUAUAUCCUUCCUGAAGAGAAACACACUCAUGUUAUAGUUAUAGCUUUUUCCCUUUAUCUCCUCGAUUCAGGUCGUAUAGUUGAUGGUAAGCAAGUAGGCAUUUGCCUGAAUAAGAUUGCUAAGCGCCUUAACAUUGGUAAAUUAGAUCGGAUUUUAAAGGAAUGUGAAGUUGUCAAUCUGUUCGGUGAUAUGAGUGUGGAACCAUUUUCGUAUGUUCGUCAAACAGCGUCGUUUGAUCCAUCUAAAUGGCCAGAGUGCAAUAGUGCUAAAGUUUCUGGUCAGGGAGUAAUCUUAACACACAUGGCGAGAUUUCAAGAGGAAUAUACUUCAUUGACAUCCGAUUUAGCUUGGCAUACAAAUACAACGUCAAUUCGUUUAAAUGAACGUUCUGCCAAAGAGAACCAAGAACUUUACGAUCUUGCACUUCGAGGUCUUCAAUAUUUAUCUGGUUGGUCUGUUCAAGUGUUAGAUACAUUUUCAUGGAAGCUUGCUCACUGUGCCAGCGGUUUCACAAAUCAUGAGUGCCCAAAAGAUGCUGAAAAUUAUGAAAAAGCCACUCGUUAUAAUUACAAUGCAGAAGAAAGAUUUGCUAUGAUUGAAAUAAUCAGUAUGAUUAAAUCUGUUCAAACACAACUUUUACGAUUGGAAGCUUGUUAUUCAGAAGCGAUUGGUCGUUCUGUUUAUCGUGAACUACAGGCAAUUGUUGUUGGCCAAUUAAGCGCUCCAUUGCUUAAAGCACAAAAGAAAAAAGAACGAAUCAUGCUAGCACGUUUGAUACUUGCGAUUCAAGCGACAUGUGCUGAUCAAAUAUCCGACACAAUGGAUUUGGAUAUGAUGAUGCACACUAGUAGCAGUAGUGGCGGUGGUGGUGGUACAACAGGAUCCAAAUCAUGGGGUAAAGCUGCUUCUUCAAAACUGUCGAAUUCAAGCAAUAAUAAUCAUAAUAAUAGUAAUAAUAGUAUGACUACAGGGUCGAAUUCUACGAUGGCUGCUGUUGCUGCUUCACUAGCCAAUAAUAAUGACAGUCCAACAGGAUCGAUUAGUACAAGUAGUAUAUUUGAUUCAAAUAAACGUCGAGUUGGUCCAUCAUCUAGUCAAUUGUAUUUAGUACGAACUAUGUUAGAAUUAAUGGUUGAACAAGUUUCAUCAACUAAACAAAUGAUACGAAAAGAAUUGGACACUGCAACAUUAUCAGCGAUAGAUACAUUUCUUAAGCAUAGUUUUUAUUGGCCAUAUCUUCUGAAUUUCAGUGAAACUUUAAUCAAGUGUUGUGACCUAUCUCAACUAUGGUAUCGUGAAUUCUUCUUAGAAAUGACUAAUGGUGCUUGUAUACAAUUUCCAAUUGAAAUGAGUUUGCCAUGGAUAUUCACCGAUCAUAUUCUAGAAAGUGAACAUCCUGGUUAUAUGGAAUAUUUACUCUAUAUGCUUGAUCUUUACAAUGAUGCUGCUGAUUGUGCAUUAAAUCGGUUUCGGCGACGAUUUCUGUAUGAAGAAAUCGAGGCUGAAGCGAAUUUAGUCUUUGAUCAACUUGUUUAUAAACUAAGUGAUAAAAUAUUUCGACACUAUAAACGCUAUGCAUCAUCAAUUUUAUUAGAUAAACGUUUUCGAGCUGAAGCCCAACGUACUGCUUCAUGGCGUGAACCUUAUCCACCGCCUAAUCGUUAUACUGCAGCUUUACUUCGACAAAGAAAUAUUCAAUUGCUUGGUCGUUCUAUUGAUAUAAACCGAUUAAUCUGUCAGAGGAUGACUAAAGCGAUAUACAAAUCAAUUGAAGUUGCUAUUUCACGUUUUCAUAGUUCAGAUAUAACAGGAAUAAUUGAAUUGGAAGCAGCUAUUGAAUGUAAUCGAUUAUGUCAUAGAAUGUUAAGUGAACAAUUGGAAUUAGAUGAUUUUGAUGCAUUAUUACGUGAAGCGGAUAAUUUAAUUAGUUCUAGAUUAGGAAAAAUUACUGUACAUGUAUUUUGGGAAUUAACAUAUGAUCUUGUUAAAAAUUACUGUUACAAUGAUGCUACUAACAGAUUUGUACCAACAAAUUUCACAUUAACUGAAGUAUUAGAACGUGAGAAACCGCCAACAGUUGAAGCUCAAUAUGUUUGGGGUAGUCGUUCGUUAAAUACAUGCUUUGAAACUAUAUUUAAAUUAUAUCGUGGUUUUGUUGGUGCACCUCAUUUUUCUGCUAUCUGUCGUUUAUUGGGUUAUCGAGGUUUAUUUGUUGUAACAGCUGAAGUAAUGAAAGUUGCUCAAUCAUUGUUAAAUCAAACAUUACGUGAUUAUGUUUGCCGAUUAGUACUUCUUAUGCCUCAAUCAUUGACAAUUCCAUCAGACAAAGCAGAAUCUGACGCUGUAUUCUCAGCUUUAUAUACUCAAUUACAUCAAAUCUAUAAAUAUACAGAUUUAAGAACGAAUGUAUUUCAAAAUUUUCGUGAAUUUGGAAAUAUUCUUAUUUGUUGCUUACAAUUAGAAAAGAAUUUAUCCAUUGAAGAUUCAUGUGAUCUUCGUCAUGCAGGGCCUUUUAUUGGACAAAUGCCAAGACAGUUCUUUCCUCCUAUUCCAUCUCAUGAGGAAGGAUUGAAAGGUAAAUCAAUUAAUGAAUUAAGACGUGAACGUGAUAUUCAAUAUAAAGAAUUACAAAAGAAACAAGAAUCAAUGAAUAUUGUACUAGUUGUAUCACGUAUUGGUACUGAAGAUCAAUUGUCCUUAGCUAAAGAGAAUGAAAUAUUAACGAAAGAGAGACUUUGUUCUGGUUUAACACUAUUCGAAUUUGUUCUUAAUAAAAUUAAGACUUUUCUUCAUGAAGAAGAUUCCGAUGGAAAUACUUGGGAUCGUCUUUCUAAUAUUGCCAAACGUAAUUCUAUGUGUAAUGGAACUACUACACAUUAUAAUAAUGAUAUACUUGGUUUAGAAAGUUAUACACACUUUCAUCGUCUAUGGUCUGCUAUUCAAUUAGUAUUCUGUACACCAUUUGGACAAAAUGAAUAUACAAUUGAAGAAAUGUUUGGUGAAGGAUUAAAUUGGGCUGGAUGUGCAAUUAUAUUGUUAUUAGGUCAACAACGUCAAUUUGAAGCACUUGAUUUUGGUAGUCUUAUUUUACGACUACAACGAAUCGAUAAAAAAGAUGCGACGCCAAUGGGAGUUUCUCUGGAACGAAUGGCUGCUCGUUUAAGUCGUUUCUCAGUACUCAAUCGUCAAAUAUUUUCUACAUUAAAUAUAUAUCUUCAUCCUGUCGAUCGACUGGAUGAAUCAAGUGUUCGUGUUCGACAAUUUCCUAUACCUACCUGGUCCAAAUCGUAAACCAUUAUCGUUUUUUAAACCAUGUAAUUUGUUCCCCUUUCCAAUUUUAUUGGUAUAACGCUUAUUGUAUUAUAAACCACCUCAAUUAAUGGCAUUUUAUAGAGUUCCUUUGGUCCUUUUUAUAUUUUGAUCAUACCGGUAAUUUGUUUUAGUUGAUUUACUGCUUUCCUGGUGUUUUUUGCUUUCUUAUCUGUCUUUUUCACCUUUUCUAGAGAAAUGUGUAUAAAUACAUUCAUAAGGAAAAUACAGUUAACUUAUGGUGUUAUAUGAUUAAUGAUAAUAAUGCUUUGUUAAUAAAAUUACUUCUAUGCGG